AUCGACGCCUACUGCACGAAAGGCCCGUCGCGUGUCCCGCGUGUCCUCGCAUUGUUCUGCCAGCAUCCACCUCUUCUGCAGCUCGACGGCCAUCACCACUCACUGCAUGUGCCAACACAGCCCGACGCCCGGCCGCCCACGCGUGCUCGCCUCGACCGCUCACUGGACGCCUGUCCAGCGCAUCUGAAGGAACUUGCCUCCUUCUCUGCACACACCUAGACAUCAACAAUCAAGCAAGAGCGGCAAACGAGGCCGCCCCGGCUUCGACCUCCCACUGCCCGCAUCCAUACUUUCCCCAAUCGAGAUCGUCGUCCUACACAUUCCUCUCACGCGAUAUUACUGCGCCACCCUCAUCACAUACCAGCAGCACUACUGGGCAUUCCCUCGUGGCAUCUACAUGACCAGCAUUCGAUCCUGAGGCCGCCACCGAUCCGCGCGACCCCUCGAGUUCCCUCGACAGCUUUCUGGCUGCCGCCGAAGCUCUGGUCUUGACCGCGUCGGCCAUCAUUUCAGCAUGGCAGACCCGCCAGAUCAAGCUCCUCCGGGCCUGUCCUCAGACAACUCCAAGGGGAGGCAGAGGGCACCCACGAUAACGAUCGACACUUCGAACGUGCGAAGGUCGACCGAUGGGGCAAGGCCGGGAGAGGAAGAAGGCGUCGAUACUGCAGAUCAUGGUUCCGUCUCUUCAGGUUUGCGACCCUCGGGAAAUAGCACUCAUGCUACUCCCGAUCUGCAAGGCAAGCAGAGCUUUGAGAGCAGAGAUUCACGGCCGACGAGUCCGCAUAAUGUGUCUUCUCCUCAGCAAUGGGGACAGUCGCCGGGAGCUUUUCUGUCCGUGCCAACCGGGCGAAGUCGUGGAGGUAGCAUAGACACUGAGGAGACAUCUUCCGUUUCUGACACCACAUACGUGAAUACGCAGUCGCCUUCGGACGCUUCAAAGGCGUUCGGAGGUAGUUCUAACGCCGAAGAACACGCGGUGCUCUCGGACGAAGAAGCCCUCAAACCGGAUCCUGGCACCGAGGGAGAGUUUCACCGUGAGAACAAUCCGUUCGCAUUUGCGCCUGGACACUUAUCGAAAUUGCUGAAUCCGAAGAGCUUCGGUGCGUUCCACGCGCUAGGAGGCCUUGCUGGGUUGGAGAAAGGACUACGAACGGAUCGCAACAGUGGUCUCAGUGUGGAUGAGAACCAUUUACAGGGCACAGUCUCUUUCGAGGAUGCCACUCAUGUGGCGAGUCCCUCGUCCGACAAGACCGUGACUGAAGAGCCAGAGAUGGCAGUAGGUGGCACGGACGCAACCUCUGGCGCUUUCGAUGACCGCAAGCGCAUUUUUGACGAGAACAAACUGCCGGAGAAGAGGGUCAAGAAUAUCUUCGAGCUGAUGUGGAUCGCUUACAACGACAAGGUGCUGAUUGUCUUGACGGUCGCAGCUGUCAUUGCUCUGUCCUUGGGUAUCUACCAGGCAAUUGCAUACAGUACCGUCGAGUGGAUCGAAGGUGUCGCAAUCAUUGUUGCCAUCACGGUAGUCGUGAUGGUAGGCGCUGUCAAUGACUGGCAGAAAGAACGUCAAUUCGCGAAAUUGAACAAAAAGAAGGAAGCGCGCAAUGUCAAAGUCGUCCGGUCAGGCAGAACUCAGGAGAUUGAUGUCCAAGCGAUAUUGGUUGGCGAUAUUCUCUUAGUUGAGCCCGGAGACAUCCUCCCUGUCGACGGCAUCUUCAUAACUGGCCACGGCGUGAAAUGUGACGAAUCUUCAGCCACUGGAGAAUCAGACAUCAUGAAGAAGACUGCCGCUGAUGAAGUCCACCGUGCCAUGGAGGCCCGCGAGCCUCUCAAGAAGCUGGAUCCUUUCAUGAUUUCUGGCGGCAAAGUCACCGAGGGAAUUGGACGCAUGGUUGUCACGGCAGUUGGCACCAACUCCACCUACGGCAGAACUAUGCUCUCGUUACAGGAAAGCAACGACGCAACUCCGCUUCAAGCUAAGCUGAACAAUCUUGCUGAAUACAUCGCAAAGUUGGGAAGCGCCGCCGCGUUACUACUCUUUGUGGUUUUGCUCAUCAAAUUUUUGGCCGGGCUGCCGAACAACGACAGGACUCCCGCGGACAAAGGUCAACAAUUUAUGAGAAUCCUUAUUACCGCCGUCACUAUUGUCGUCGUUGCUGUUCCGGAGGGUCUUCCAUUGGCAGUUACGCUGUCCCUGGCAUAUGCAACCAAGCGCAUGUUGAAGGACAACAAUCUAGUGCGUGUACUCCGUUCGUGCGAAACGAUGGGAAACGCCACUACUGUCUGCUCCGACAAAACUGGAACCCUCACGCAAAAUGUCAUGACCGUCGUUGCCGGCACCGUUGGUACUUCGAGUCGCUUUAGCAGUCGCGCUGGCGGCGCCGCCGAUGAUGCAAAACCGGAUCCGAACAAGGAUGUGCACGACAACGUGGACGAUGUGCCAACCGCUGAAUGUAUCAAGUCAUUAUCCCCAGCAAUCAAGGACCUGUGGAAAGAUAGCAUCGCGAUCAACUCAACCGCUUUCGAAGCCGAGGAGGAUGGAAAGCAGAUCUUCGUCGGCUCAAAGACGGAGACGGCCUUGUUGGACUUCUCACGCGACUAUCUAGGCAUGGACCGCAUCGCCACCGAGCGGAGCAACGCUGAGAUUGUGCAAAUGAUUCCAUUCGACUCUGGUCGCAAGUUCAUGGCCAUGGUUAUCAAGCGAAAGGACGCUAACGGCUACCGAUUGAUUGUGAAGGGUGCCAGCGAGAUCAUGCUCCGUCACUGCCACUUCAUCGUUCGUGAUCCUACGCAAGGGCUUGAGGCGACCACCAUGACUGGCGAGAACAAGGAAACAUUGGAGGCUUUGAUUGACGCCUAUGCCUCCCGCUCUCUCCGCACCAUCGGCUUCAUUUAUCGUGAUUUCGACUCCGAGUCGUGGCCACCUCGUAAUGUGAGACGCUCAGAAGACGAUAGGACUCAGGCCAUGAUCGAGGAUAUCUGCAAACAAAUGACAUUCCUGGGUAUUGUUGGCAUUCAAGAUCCACUACGUGCUGGAGUGCCCGAUGCUGUCAAGGAUUGUAUCAUGGCAGGCGUCUUCCCACGCAUGGUCACUGGCGACAAUAUUCUCACUGCCAAGGCCAUUGCGACAGAAUGUGGCAUCUUCACCGCGGGCGGUACUGCUCUCGAGGGUCCUGAGUUUAGGAGAAUGUCCAAAGCAGAGCAACGCGCCAUAAUUCCGAAAUUGCAAGUUCUCGCCCGGUCUUCGCCAGAUGACAAGAAGACGUUGGUCAAGCGCCUCAAAGAGAUGGGCGAGACCGUCGCCGUGACUGGUGAUGGCACAAACGACGCGCCCGCCCUCAAAGCUGCAGAUGUCGGCUUCGCAAUGAACAUCGCUGGCACAGAGGUCGCAAAGGAGGCAUCAGACAUUAUCCUCAUGGACGACAAUUUCACUUCCAUCGUCAAGGCACUCAUGUGGGGUCGUGCUGUCAAUGAUGCUGUCAGGAAGUUCCUGCAGUUUCAGAUUACCGUCAACAUUACGGCUGUCCUGCUCGCAUUUAUUAGCGCGGUGUCAAACGCAGAAGAAGAGUCCGUUCUCACCGCUGUACAGCUGCUGUGGAUCAAUCUGAUCAUGGAUACAAUGGCCGCUCUCGCUCUUGCCACUGACCCACCUAGCCGACAGAUCUUGAACCGCAAGCCAGAUCCUAAAUCGGCACCACUCUUCUCGGUUACUAUGUGGAAGAUGAUCAUUGGACAAGCCAUUUAUCAGCUUACUGUGACGCUAAUACUCUAUUUUGCUGGGCCGAGUAUAUUGGACUACGAAGGCGAAUUGGAGCAUCGUCAACACAGGACUCUCGUCUUCAACACAUUCACCUGGAUGCAGAUUUUCAACGCCUUGAACAAUCGCCGUCUCGAUAAUCGUUUCAAUGUCUUCGAAGGAUUGACCCGCAACCUGUUCUUUGUCGGAAUUUUCCUGGUCAUGAUUGGUGGUCAAGUGCUCAUUAUCUUCGUUGGUGGAUGGAACGCCUUCAAUGCCGAGCGUCAGACUGGCAGCCAAUGGGGCAUUGCAUUGGUGCUGGGUGUCCUAUCGCUUCCUGUCGGCGUGAUAGUCCGGCUGUUUCCCGAUGAAAUCGCUGCUAAGCUCGUGCCACCCUUCAUCAAGAACUGGUCGCGUAAGAGACAAGACAAGAAGAAUCUCAUGAUCACAGAUGAAGAAGGUGCCCAGAAUCCAUUCGAGUUCAACCAAGCACUCUACGAGAUCAAGGAAGAGUUGGCUUGGCUCAAGAAGUACAAGGGAGGUCGCAUCAACAGUCUCAAGUUCGCCGUCACUCACCCGAAGGAGACUUUCAUGCACAGCCGUAGUCCGAGCCGUAGCCGUGCGAGCUCUAGCCUACCAAGAACGCCAAACAACGAACCAGAGGAUCACGAUGGACAUUCACCUGCUCCCCCGACUCCAGACUCGCGUCGCAAACGUGGUCGCUCACGAUCGAACUCUGCUUUCGCUGGCGCAGCCAUGGCAGGUAUUGUCGCCGGCUCGAUUGCUGGGGGUUGGUCACCAAUUGAGCGAAGAGAGGGCGACAACGACAGUCUGCGCUUCGGCCGCGAACGUUCGAAGAGCGAUCUGAGUAAGGAGUAUCGCCUCGAAACACACCCAGAGACAUUGAACAAAGAUGAGGUGGUAGUGAAGGAGACGCCGGUCAACACGCAGCAUCCUCCCAGUCAGCAGGACGGCACCACACCUCAAUUUCCGCAAGGCCCGUACAGCGGAGAGCCUAGUUCUGCGAAGAAAGAUGAUACCGCGCCUUGAAACUUCGGUGAUGGACCACAGUACAAACACCCACAGGCCUACGAGCCUUCCCGGCAAUCCCGCCGCAUUGAUUUCAUAAGCCGUGCCGAGAGCACAACGCCGCGCCGUGAAGAGGCAUUUCAGGACACUCACAAUGCCAUCGGUGCACAUCUCUGACUCGGAUUGCAAGCACAAAUUUGUUUGAUUAGCAUAGCGAAACAGACAACAGAGCAAACCGAAGGGAAGCCAGCAGUUUGGCGGCCCUUAGACCCAUCAUCACAUGUCGGGACCAGGAUAUAGAGAAUGGCCGUGUUCGGAGGGCCAACAUGAUCGUCAUCACUGCUCACAGGUGUUGGGCACGGAGAUGCCAGAAAUGUGUGCAUAUCAUUUGUAUAAAAGAACAAGAAAGUCUUGCCGAGGCUCCUAUUGGUGGAACUGAUCUCACAU